GGCCCUCCAUGAGCCGGGGUGCCGCCGCCGCCAUCCCCCACCCCGACGUUUAUGGAAGUGAUGGACUGGCCCCUCAACCAGGCUCAUCAGCAGAGAAGAAAAGCAGACCAGUCACUAGCUGCAGGGAAAUACGACGAGACCAUUUUGUGUCACCAAAAGGCAGCUGCAUAUCUAACUGAAGCCAUGAAGCUGACACAGUCUGAGCAGGCUCAGUUAUCACUGGAAUUACAAAGGGAUAGCCACAUGAAACAACUCUUGCUUAUUCAGGAGAGGUGGAAAAGGGCAAAGCGGGAGGAAAGGUGGAAAGCCCAGCAGACUCCGGAUGGAACCCCUCAGCUUCUGACGUUGUGCAAGAUGGCCGAGGAUGGGUCCGAGGGUCACAGUGUGCCUAGAUCUCAGCAGUUUAGUCCUGCUGCGGUGCCGGGGGUCUUGGAUAGGGACCCAGACACUCUCCUUUUUCUCCUUCAGAAGAGGAAAGACCCGACAGAACCGUGCCCCGGCAGCAAAGUCCCGAAAGAUGACAAGACCACGAUAGAAGAACAGGCAACCAAGAUCGCUGAUCUGAAGCGACACGUAGAGUUCCUCGUGGCCGACAACUAAAGGUUGAGAAGAGAAAACAAGCAGCUCCGUGCUGAAAAGGCCAGGCUCCAGAAGGCUCCCCUCGAAAAGGAAUUGGAUGUACAUGCUGACUUUGUAGAAAUACUGAAGGUCAGCACAGGGUAG